AUGGCCACCGAAAGUCCCGCAUUAUACGAUGCUAUUGACGAAUCAAACCUUACAGGCGAGACGGGAGAGAUCUAUCUGUUUCAGUGGCUCGCGGCUACAGAGAGAGCGGUGAAGCGAGCUUCGGUGGAAGACCUCAAAGCAUCUCAAGUGGACCUCGAGGGCUCCCUUGUCAAGAUUAUCCAAGCACCAGAGCCCUACCCCGCUCCCGGACGUCCCGUGAGGGCUCUUGUUGCAAAAUGUUUUAUAGCAAUCUAUACCCGCGGCGAAACGAAGACCAUCUUUGAUACUAUUCAGUCCUUUUUGAAGGUUGUAGGAGAGCCCAAGGCUGGUUACAAGGACUCCAGCAAGCUUGCGGCGACAUACUGCAUCGGUGAAAUCAUGGGAGCCUUCGGUAGCCAGGUCAUGUCAUUGAUGAUCGACAUCACGAAUAUGAGUCUCAAACUGUACAAAGCGUCAUCGGCGCCCGUCAUCCUCCGCUACCAUGCACUGCGCACCCUGGAGAAAUGUCUGUCGACAGCAAAACGUGCAGUAACGGACUCACUUCUCAAAGACAUCGUCAAGCAGAUGAGGCACGCGCUAGGCGACAAAGCCUUAGCCAUUCAGAGAGCUGCCUGUGAUGUCUUGAUCUUGAUGUAUCCCGCAGAUGACCCUGCAAGGCUGGUCGCCGACGUAGACUCGCUUGUGGUAUUGUGUACAAAGAGCUUGGAGAGCGCUGACCAGUUGACUCGGCGCUCGCUUGCCAAGCUCGUCGCUCAUCUCCUCGCGGCGACGCAGGUCGAGCGCUUGACUCCCGUCGCGGAGCCGCCUAAGAAGGCAAAGAAAGGACAGAAUGCUAGCGAGGAUGAGGAGGAUGUGCCGACUGGGCUUCACAUCCAGAUCGAGGAGGCCAAGCCGGUCAUGAUGCCGAACGAAAUGCUCCUUCAACUCUCGCUUCAGUUCAACAAGCCACAAGCAUCACGCAAGGUCCGUGUUGGCAUCUUUGACUUCUAUACAUCACUUCUGUCGCAGCUCGGUCCGUCAUUCGUUGAAAGUAACUAUGGGCUAAUCGUCGAUCACUUGAUGACGGAAAUUAUUGAGAACCCACGCAAUACGACGACGCGGUACGAGACGCUGCUGGUACGGUCCUUGGUGGAGAUCUUGCUCAGAGAUCUGGUGGGAGUCCGCAUGCUCAGUGAGCAAGCGCAGAUAAUGGCAAUUCAAGAACUGUCGAACGUGUACCUGAAGCGAUGGCCUGCAAUGAUGCCCGGUCAAACGGCGCCGAAUCCUUUGUGUAUAGUAGUGGCACUCAGGGAAGUAGCAAAAUUACUGCAGCAGCUAGGGAACGCCCCUCCCCCUGUGCAGGAUGCACUUAUUGAUCCUCUGUCGACACUGCUGGGGCAUCCGAACCAUAGCAUCCGGGUGAACGCUGCCUGGGCUCUGCGAUGCUUUUGUUAUUCAACCCCGUUGCGACUGCCCAAAGUGUUGAUCAGCGUUGUUGAGGUGCUCCAGCGAGAUAUUUCCGCAAUCACCACACCAACCGCCCCGUCGGAUAUCCACACACGUUCCUUGGGCCACGCUUACGGCCUCGCCGCACUACUAACAGUGAUUCCAGAACGGCCGCUCUACGUAUCGUAUGACAUCAGCGCGAAAGUCUUUGACACCGCCGUUCAAUUGCUAAAGCGCGCAGGAGACCAUGAGGUCAAGAUCGCUCGGACGGAAGUGGAGAUCGCAUGGACUUGCAUCGCGGCUCUGAUGGCGCUCGGACCGAACUUCGUACGUGCACACUUGCCGCAGCUGCUCGUACUGUGGCGUAAUGCACUUCCGAAACCAACGAACAAGGAUGCAAGUGCGGGUCGGACGCCGGCUGAGUGGAUGUUUCUGCUGCACCUGAGGGAGAGCGCGCUCGGUGCAGUGUAUUGCUUUUUGAAGUCCAAUUCCCCGACGCUGGUCACCCCAGACGUGACUAGACGGAUUGCGUUCCUCCUUUCGAACUCCUUACAAUUUGUGAACACCUUCCGCGCACGGCGAAUAGACGAGAACCCAGAGCAGCUUCCGACGGAAACCAAGGAGUUAUCAUUGGAGGGACGGGAAGCUUUACUGCGGACGAGGAUAUUCCAGUGUUUCUCCCUGUUGGGGCACGCCGGCAUCACGGAAUCCAUGCAAUCGGCUCUGUUGCAGUCUGCCAUCUCACUGUUUGCAAGUCCGGAAGGAUACGCUGGAUCGUCGGUGCAGGCUGCGAUCGCUACCUCCACAGGAGCAUUCACGUCCGUAUGGCAAAGCACAGAUGGGUAUGCAUAUGGCGUUUCUGAUAUUCACAUCGAUGAAUCUGUCAAGGCAUGGAUGAAUCGCGAUAACGUGGAGAUCUCUGUAGAAGAAAUGUUCAAUAAACCGAUUAUUAGAUCCUGCUCCAACGAUCCUCUCUUCCUAUGCCAAAGAAUUUCGUCUGACAUCAGCAUUCAAUGGCCGGAACCCCCACCUCCGGCCACCGCGGCAGUCAAUGCCGCGAUUCAACUGUUUGCUCAAUUACUUCAUGUGCAAGAUUUACAGUCUACCAUACGCACCGUGACGCAGUUGAUGGAAUCCACAGGCUCUGCAAAGCUCGCGAGGAAUUCGGGUCGUAAGGCGGCUGUGACUAUCAACGCUACAAUCGCACUUGUCCUCGCUCUUCGACAGGCGACUGCACCUCGAUCGCGGCAGAGUUUAGGAAAUGGGCAGGUGACAUCAUUGUUGUCCAACUUUCUCAAGGACGUCUUGAUGGACGGUGAUCUGCUGCUUCGCAGAGGAGGCAGCGAGGCUAUCGGCCGCUUAGCUAGCAUUGCUGGUACCAACUUCCUCACGGCACAGGCUAAGACCUUAGUGGACCAGGUAGUCAGCAACCGUGAUCCUCAUGGACGUGCCGGAUGUGCUCUUGCCUUCGGGGAGAUCCAUGCUCAUGUAGGUGGCCUUGCUACUGGCCCUCUUCUCAAGACGACGGUCCACAUUCUGAUGUCUUUGGUGAACGACCCGCACCCCGUGGUACACUUCUGGUCUCUCAUUGCGCUUGCGCGUGUCAUUGAUGCUGCCAGCCUUGCGUAUGCACCUUUUGUGCCGAGCACAUUGGGCCUCCUUUUCAAGGUCUACAUGCUGGAGUCGCAUGAGCCCGAGGGUGGGUCACUGGCCCAUGCCAACUUGAGCGGAGAUCUGCCCGCAUAUCAAGCGGUUUGUCAGAAUAUUGACGCCGUAAUCACGGUAUUGGGUCCGGACAUGCAAGACUCCACCCGAUCUCGUACUCUCGUCCUAGAUCUCGUUCACCAGUUCAUCAGUGAAGAUGACGACGGUAUCUGCGUGGAGGCCAUCAAUUGCAUCCAACAUUUCUUGAUGUUCGCGCCUGAAUUUGUUGCGGUGCCAGCGCUUGUGGCACAGUUUAGAGGAUAUCUCUCUUCGACCCGUAGGCCUCUGAAACUUGCGUCCAUCAAUGCCCUCUAUCAGCUGGUGCAGAAGGACGCUUUUAGUAUGUCAAGACUUGGAGGCGAUGAAUUGGUGGAGGAGCUAUUUGCGAUGUUGGAUGACGACUCAUCCGUGGACGGCGUCCGCAAUGUCAUCGAUAGCUGGCUUCAGCAAACCGUUGUGCAUAACCCAUCGGCUUGGAUAGAUCUGUGUCAACGCAUCAUGUCACGUACGACCGCAUCUCAACAAGCAAACGAUGCUGCCACGAAGCGGGGAGAUCUCCUUGAUGAUGAGGGCCAAUCAUUGAGCAUGGGUGCGAACCAGGACUCGGCCUCGGGGGCAGGUGGACGACAAACAUCUCGCUGGAGAACUCAGCUGUUCGCGUUGCAAUGCUUGCAUAACAUUUGUACUAUCGUGGGGCGUUCUGGUAGAAGGGAGCAUUUGGACAUAGCUUUCGCGCGCAGUCAAGGUCUUCCUGUCUCCGGUUUGCUGGUUUCGCGCGUCCCCGAUUUGAUCAAGAUAGCCUUCACAGCAUCAGCAGCGCAUGUCACGGAGAUCCGUCUAGAGGGCCUUACAGUGUUGCGCGACGUAAUCGAGAUUUUCGCGAAGACUCCUGAUCCUGACUACGAGGACUCUCUGUUACUGGAGCAACAUCAAGCGCCAAUAACUGCAGCACUCACUCCCGCAUUCUCCUCUGACUCUACGCCGGAGAUUCUCGCUUCCGCGAUCGGCUCUUGUGCCGUGUUUGUUGGUUGCGGCGUCAGCAGUCGAAAGGUAGCGACUCAUUUAUACUCCUCGGAUGUCGAUAUCUCUGAUCAGUUUGGCGUAGGGUCUGGAAUGCUUUCAUUGGGAGAUGCGGCCAAGCUCAGUCCAAAUGCGUCUGUGAUGUUGCGCAUAGCCACAUUAUCCGCUUGGGCUGAGCUUCAAGUAGCAAGUGCUGACCAGAAGUACCUCCUAGAGGUCGUUAAGCCUCACCGACCAACUCUUGCACCAUUGUGGGUGGCUUGUUUACGUGACUACGCAAGCAUUCGCGCAGACACGGAGGUCCUAGAAGAGCCAUCGUCCAGCUCACUGGACACUUCGUAUGCUAGUCUGGGUAAAGAAGUGUUGCUUCCGUACUACCUUGAAGCCUGGCCCGUGAUACUGCAGGCUGUUGCUAGCGUUAUGAAGGCGGGAGAUCCGUACAUAUUGGCUGCCAUGGAUGGGCAAGAAUCGAUAACCCCUGAUCAAGUAAGAAAGCUGGAAUCUGAAGUUCGCGAAGAACCAACCGUCUUCUUCUUCGCCAUUUUCGGAUUAGUGUUUGAAGCGCUCGCGACUGCCGUUCCGGAUGCGGACGUAACGUCGCAAAAAACCUCGGCGAUUGCUCUCGAAGCCAUGACUCCCUUGGUUCAAGGGAAGUAUUGCGGCAAGGUCUUCAACGACCCCGUGAUAUUUGACGAAGUGAUCAAUCUUUUCUAUCGCAUGGCAUUGACAGAGCCUGCCUCCGUGCAAAUUUAUCUUGUGGAAGCGAUAGCGAGUCUCGCCAGAAGUCUUGCAUCCACACAUGCCACAAGCGCGCUUUUCGAUAACACGUCUCAGGAAGAUUUAUUCAAUCUACCGCAGGUACACUGCCUGCGUGUAUGUGCGUACGUGAUCAGAAGAGCCAUUACAGGCCCGCGCAGCGGGGCCGUCCUUGAUGAUUCGACACCCAUGGACAAAAUCGGCUUGAUAAAUGCAGCUUUCGAGGCCUUCUCCAACGUAGCAGAUACCUUUGGUCAAGAGCAAAGAGAUGACUUCAAGGCUGUAGCGGUCACGCUGUAUAAUGAAUAUCUCAAGGACGAGACUUCCGACAUUGACCUGGUUGGACCCACGUUACAGUCAUUGAAGGCUUUGCUUGAAUUACCUGCUGGUGCUGCCACAUACGGCAACAAAUAUGAGAAGGUCAUACAUGGCCUCCUGUCAGCAUGUCUGGUCAACAUUGAUGAGAUGAGAGGCCGCCAAGGACGGAUUUCUGCAAAGAAGAUCAAGUCUAACCUCUUAGCUGCUGUCCUUGUUUUGACUGUAGUCCCACCCAAAGUGAAGAUUAGUCAAGCCAUCAUCGACCAUGCCUGCUUUUUGAUAUCUCAGAAGCUCGUGGAUGAGGAGGAGAUGUCCUUGACCGCUGCUCACUGUGCCAAGACACUCAUCCUUGCGUCAACAUCGGGAAAUGCAGCUCUACGUCAAUGCGCCAGACUACUCCUGCCAGGGAUGAUCGAAUGCCUUGCCAAGAUCGCUGCCUCGGUUGGUGAUCAGGCUUCAGAACGUCAACUUGCCACGGUAGGAGAGAUUUACAAAGGUUUCGCGGCAUUGUUCUCGUCACUACAAGAGGAUCUGCGCCCUCGAGCACUAGGGAUUAUUAUGCCCGCGAUGAUUUUCCUCCUUGAUCCCAGUCGGACGCCUAUGUCGACGAUCCACUCUCAGACUGUCACCCAACUUCUAUCGCUAGCUUCUCAGUCACCAUCUGCAUUCAAGGAAGUGACAGCUAAGCUCGAUCCUCAGAUGAGAGAAUUACUAGAGAGCUCUGUGCGGCAAGUAUUGGGAAACCAAGGCCCCGCGGUCGAGGCACCCAAGCCACAGAUCUCGUUGCGGACGUUCUAA